UGGAUUCGCCAGGGACAUGGUGAUGCUGGAGCGUGAUCCGACUGCACUGACUGACCAUAUAUUUCUCCUUUAACAUUCAGAGCUGAGGAGCACAGAGACUGAGAGAACCACCCAGGCUGAGUCAUGGACGACCAGGACAAAGGAGGCGGGACGGAAGGACAAAGCAAAGAAAAACAGGACUUUGAGGAGGCCAGCGAUGACGGCAAGUGGAGCAAGGACCAGCACAACAAGCUGGAGAAAGAGUGCAGGCAGAUGGUGGCGAAUGGAAACGCCAAGCGAAGAAGCCGUCGUCUGAAGAGACGGAGCGGCUGGGCGCUGACCGAGCGGUUGGCGAUCAAUGUCUCGGGGAUGCGCUACGAAACCCAGCUGCGCACACUGGCCCAGUUCCCUGACUCGCUGCUGGGCAGCCAGCAGAAACGUCUGCGCUACUUUGACCCGCUGCGCAACGAACUCUUCCUGGACAGGAGCCGGGUCUGCUUCGACGCCAUCCUCUACUUCUACCAGUCUGGCGGGAAGCUGCGCAGGCCGGCCAACGUGCCUCUGGACGUGUUCAUGGAGGAGCUGCGCUUCUACGAGCUGGGGGAUGAGACCGUGGACCGCUUCAAGGCGGAGGAAGGCUUCCAGAAGGAGGAGGAGAAGCCUUUGCCCAGCAACGCCGUGCAGCGCCACCUCUGGAUGCUUUUUGAGUACCCCGAGUCGUCCGGGGGCGCUCGCAUCAUCGCCAUCAUCAGCGUCAUGGUCAUCGUCAUCUCCAUUCUCAUCUUCUGCUUGGAGACGCUGCCGGAGUUUAGGAACGAGAAGGAGCGAAGAGAGCAGUACACCACCGCCCCUCACCCCACCAUCGCCAACGAAACCAUCUUGAUACCACCUGGAUUCACUCCCUUCCAGGACCCCUUCUUCAUCGUGGAGACCGUCUGCAUCUGCUGGUUCUCCUUUGAACUGGUCGUUCGGUUGAUCUGCGCGCCAAGUAAGAAAAACUUUUUCAAAGAUCUCAUGAACAUCAUCGACUUCUUCGCCAUCAUUCCAUUCUUCGUCACGCUGGGCACAGAGCUCGCCAAGGACAAGGGGACGCAGCCUUCGGUCUCACUGGCCCUCAUCAGAGUCAUCCGACUGGUUAGGGUCUUCAGGAUCUUUAAGCUGUCUCGCCACUCCAAGGGCCUCCAGAUUUUGGGUCAGACUCUGAAGGCCAGCCUGCGGGAGCUGGCCCUGCUCAUCUUCUUCCUCUUCAUAGGCGUCAUACUAUUUUCAAGCGCCGUCUACUUUGCAGAGGUGGACAGUCCGGGCACGGCUUUCACCAGCAUACCAGAGGCCUUCUGGUGGGCUGUGGUGUCCAUGACCACAGUGGGCUACGGAGACAUGUACCCAGAGACCGUCGGGGGGAAGCUGGUGGGCUCCAUGUGCGCCAUCGCUGGCGUGCUCACCAUUUCUUUGCCAGUGCCAGUCAUCGUGUCCAACUUCAGCUACUUCUACCACCGCGAAAUGGAAUGCGAGGACAACACCGAGUACCACCACGUCGACACGGCGCUCUGGGAAAAAGAAGGCGACGAUGAUGAGGGCGAGGAAGAGGAGGGCGUCUCUGAAUACACAGAUGUCGUUCCCCUCUAUGGACAUCAUCACCUGAAUGCCUGCCCCCCUUUCAACACCCACUUUCUUUCAGGGCUCCGCGUCGGACCCGAUGGGGAGCAGAUGCUGCCCCAUGCUGGGGAACCUCUGGUCACUCAGGUUUGA